CUUAACCUCAACUUAUCAAUAAAUCAAAUUUUUUCAAUUCGCAUAAGUAAAUGUAACUGACUAUACAAAUAUAAAGUCAUGGAACUUUUGUGUAAAGUGCAAAACUAUGCUUGGGGUAAAAAAGGCUCUAAGAGCAAAGUGGCUACAUUAAUCAGCAACGUGGAUAAAGAUUUUAAAUUAAAUGAGGAUGUACCCUACGCUGAACUAUGGAUGGGGACUCAUAUCAAUGCACCCUCUAUCGUGAAGGAAACCGGAGAGAAGUUGUCAUCUGUAAUAUCUAAUCAUCCUGAAUAUUUAGGAGAAAAAGUAUCAAACUUGUUUGACGGUGAACUUCCCUUUUUGUUCAAAGUUCUUUCUGUAGAGAAAGCGCUGUCUAUUCAGGCACAUCCGUCAAAGGAACAUGCAAAGGAACUUCAUGCUAAAUAUCCAGACAUUUACAAGGAUCCCAAUCAUAAACCAGAGCUCGCAAUUGCACUUACCCCCUUUGAAGCAUUAUGUGGCUUUCGUCCCAUUAAAGAGAUUAGAAAAUUCGUCGAAGAGAUUCCGGAACUGUCUUCCAUAGUAGACGGCCAGAACAUCGAAGAGGACAAUUUGUUCUUAAAGAAAGCUUUUAGAUCCGUCUUGACUUGCGACAAAACUAUGAUGGCGGAAACGAUAGACAACAUUAUAAAACGAUACGAAACGAUUGAUGAUGCGCAAAGAAAAAUAUAUUUGGCGGAUCUCGUGGUUCGUCUGCAUGAACAAUUUCCUUACGACAAUGGAAUUUUAAUGGUCUAUUUCUUAAACUACAUGCAAUUACGCCCCGGGGAGGCUAUUUAUUUGGCGGCUAAUGAUCCCCACGCUUAUAUUUCUGGCGACUGUAUAGAAAACAUGGCUUGCUCGGAUAACGUAGUACGAGCCGGUUUGACUCCCAAGUUUAUCGAUGUAGACACUUUAUGUGGAAUGUUAAUAUACAAAGGUGAAAAUCCAACAGACAAGCUAUUCAACACGAUAAAGGAGGAUAAUUGCACAAAGUUGUAUAAACCGCCGGUCCCUGAUUUUGCUGUCGCUGGAAUAGAGAUUUCCUCUUCGACGGGGAAGUACCAACUUUUAAAAAGAGAAAGUGCCAGCAUUGUACUCGUGAUUUCGGGAAGUGCGAACUUCAAUGGAAGAGGGAUAUUGGAACCGGGAAGAACACUGUUCCUUCCUGCAAAUGAAGUGUUGGAAGUGACCGAUAUUACCGAAGAUUUGCUGAUGUAUCAAGCAUUUGCAAAUAUUUAAUCACAGGGUUGUCAAUGCUUCAAUUUUUUUUCUAAGUAGCUCGACGUCUUUGGUGUUGGUAUUAGAAAAUUUGUCGCAACUGUACAAGAGAUAAUUUAUAUUGAAAAUAUACGGUAUUAG